AUGGAUAUUGGGGAUAAUGGCGGGGAUAUCAGCGGCGGAUUCGGUGACGAGCCACAGAAGAAACCCAAGGCCCUUCCAGAUGACCUCCCCAAGUCUCUCGAUGACCGGAAAAUCGUCCCUUCCCAUUAUGUGCCGGAGACGGAGAUGUAUGAUGCGUGGCAAGGUAAUAGCAUCUUCUAUCGGACGCCUAUGAAACGAACUGACCCCAACAGGACAAUCACAAUUCCUGACGACUCCUAUGCUUGCGAAGCCACUCCAAUUCAAUAGUCUCACUCUCGACGAUAAUUCCUACGAGGAGGACCUUGCGACGCAGAAGGUGGGCGAUAGUGACACAAGACUUAUGGAGAUGCUUGCUGCGCAAGCGGCGCACCGAGAUGGAACUGCGAGCGAGGACGAAGAUGCUGUGGCUUCUAACCAGAAGUUGACGGACUCGGAAAAGAAAGAUAUUCUACAAAAGGCUCUCAAUAUGGCAGCAAGUAACGGAGAUGUGGACCGAAUCCAGCGAAUAUUAAAUGGGAAGGCAAAGGAUCUGGUAGACAUUGAUGCGCCAGAUGAAGAGGGCACGGCACCUCUGAUAUAUGCCAGUUGCUUUGUAGGGAUAUACUUCGGAGAUCUAUGAGAGAAUGCUAAUGGAUUUUCAGGGCCAUGAGGCGGUUGUGACAGCGCUUUUGGACGCCGGGGCCAAUGUUGAUAAGCAGGAUCGAAAUCAGUGGAGUGCCCUCAUGUGGGCCAUGACGAACCGCCAUAAAAACAUUGCAAAGUCAUUACUGGAUCAUGGCGCCUCACCAGAGGUCAAGUCGUCUUCUGGGCGUACCGCUUUUGAUUUUGUUGCGCCAGAUAGCGAAAUAUCUGGCUACUUGCACGAUAGUGGAUACAAUAUCGGAAGUGUGGGUGUAACUGAUGAUUUCUAUAAUCCUGGAUUUUCACAAGAUCGGUUUGAAGAGGAAAUGGCAGAAAAUGAAAUGAGAAGACGUAUGAUGAUGGAAAGUGCUCGAGACUUAGAGGUUGACUUGGGAAAUGUUGGAAUUGACGACCAGCCCGAGGUAACAACUAGUCAUACUUGGACCAAGAAACCCACUAAUUUUUAUAGUCACCUGAGGAAUUGGAGGAGGAAAUGCAAGAGUUUGACUGGUCAAGAUGCCUACAUGAUCAGAUGUUUGUAUUCCAGGAGAGUGAGUUGAGUCGAAUACUGGAUAUCAUUAUUACCAAAAUGACUCCACAACGGUCUCCGUCUCAAAAACCAGUCCCGGCCAACAUGAUAUUUCUCAGUGCUCGAUAUGCUCACUACCAUGCGGACCAGAGCCUCCUUGCAAACCUGCUAAUUACUGCAAUGGACAAGAUCAAUGAUGUUGUGGAGAAAAAUCAAUGGGAUAUGACAAUUUUGGCCUUUUGGAUAUCCAAUGCGACUUUAUUGCUACAUUACUUGAAGAAAGAUGCCGGGCUAUCGGAUUCGACAUCCGAUUUUCAAUUGCAACUUGCAGAACUAGUCAACGAAAUCUUUAUUCUCAUCAUCAGAGAUGCGGAGCGAAGAAUGGACAAGGUUCUGGAUGCAGCUAUGUUGGAACAUGAAACGAUCCCGGGGUUUGAGGAUAUUGCUUUCCAGCAUGAAUGGAAGAUUUUCAAGAGGAAAAACCAGGUCAAGGAAGAACCAGCUGAGAAACGAUUUCGACCUCCCUCGCCAAAAGCAAGAGCCAAACCAGCACCACGCAACAUUACAUCCUUGUUAUCUUCAACGCUUUUCGUUUUGGAUUUGUAUGAUAUCCACUCUGUUAUUACUGCUCAAAUAUUGGCGCAAUUGCUGUAUUGGCUAGGGGCAGAAUUAUUUAAUCGCAUUAUGUCGAAUCGCAAAUACCUGGCGAGAACCAAAGCCAUGCAGAUUCGAAUGAAUAUUUCCACUUUAGAGGAAUGGGCCCGAACUAACAAUCGUCAACCAGAGCAUUAUGAACAUGGCUCGAUGACAUCGAGCGGUGAGCAGACAAUCGAUGCGGCUAGACGGCAUCUUGCUCCUCUGAUACAACUUUUACAAUGGUUACAGUGCUUCUCUUCCUUAGGGCAGGAUGACUUGGAAGCGUUAGUGGGUACACUACAACAACUGACACGACUUUCAUCACAACAGUUAAUUCAUGCUGUGAAGCACUACCGGCCAGAAGUCGGCGAGAAGGGACUGCCUAAAAGCGCGAUGAAAUAUUUGAUGGACAUGCAAAAGGAGAUCAGAGCUCGCAAAGAACGACAGAGGAAUUCUGUCGUGUCACUUAACACGACUCCAGUCAAGAAGAGUAGCAACAGCAACAACGGCAAACCACCUGACACGCCGGAAUCGAACAUCGAGGAAGCGCCGAUGGAUGAGGAGUACGACGCACCAGAGAAUCUUUUAUUAGAUCCUGCACUCAUGCUCCCAUUUUCUCUGCCUACGAGUACGGAUAUGUUGGUGAGUUACGGUGCUGGAUUUGGAGGGCUGAAUCGGGAACGAGAACGAAAAUAUAUUCCUACGGUGCCUCCGGAAUUUUUGGCCAAGCUGGAUCUCAAUGGAGGUCGACAAAAUAGUACAUAUGAGGAACGUGAUUGGGAGAAUGAAGAAGAUUAGGUGUUGGGGGGUGGUACAUGAACUAUGAUAUCUGCUCGGGGAUUUUUUCCUUAAAAAAAAGGAAGCAUUUUGGAAGCAUUGCGUGGCAUCUUUUUUUUUUUGAAACAGGCGUUCCUAGAUGUACAUGGAUGGAGGAUAUUUUUUCUCUUUUUUGUGAUUUUGUUUUUCCUCUUGCGGCAUGCGAUUCAAAUAUGACCUGACCUUUCAACUACAGUUAUCGAGUAGGAAGUGUACAUGGUUAAGAAGUCCAGAAUAUGAUGGGGAUACCAUGUCAUGAUGCGAGGGAUGUCUAUUGUUGAUGAGUCUAGACUGGUGAUUCGCUGGUUCAUGAAAUGACCAUUCGACGAUUUCUACUGAUGAUUCUUUUUUUUCCCUUGGGGAGAGCUGGAGGGCCUUUUCCCGCUUUCGUACUCGAGUACAGUACUCGUACGUAAAUUUACUAGCUAGUGUAGUGGCGUAGUGUGGUGUAGUGUAGUGUAGUGACUCGGAUGAGACAAUUGGAUUGUUUGUUCACUGAUUUGCGCUAAUUUUGAUAAGGGAUGGGAUGGGAUGAGAUGGCAUGACA